AUGCGUCGAGGCAUCGCCAUCCAAAUAUGGGACGACCUCCGCAUUGCAGAAGCAGAAGAAAGCCGAAGAUCUAGUCGCACCCCAAAAGUCGUCCCACGCAGAUUGGAACGAGCGCUUGCUGCCUUUGACAUGUUCGUCGUUCCAGACGACAAGGGUGACAUAGACGAUGUUUCAAACUCGCUUGACGGCUUGGCAACCGAGUUCAGUAGCACUCACCCUGACUUUGAGGACCUAUGUACCCGGGAGAAAGCGCUGGCUUUGAACAGAUGGCUAAGGUCCAGGAACCUGACCGGUAUGAGCAAUCCGGAGACCAACUAUCGCAACCUCAGAAACUGUCUCAUCGGAUAUGCGCUGCGCGACGACACUCAUCAGUCCCUCCCAAUGGUGUCAGCUGCCAUCUUUUGCAGCUUAGGGGAAAGACUAGGACUCAACGCUCACUGCUGCGCCUUACCUGGACAUGUGUUGGUUAUGGUCUUCUCUACGAACGAAGUGAAACUUGACGGAUCCAGUGUGACGGAUUCUCAAAAGCCCCUUGAGAGGAUGUAUCUGGACCCGUACGGAGGCGAUGAGGAGUUCAGCAAGGAAACCCUCAGGCAUUUCAUCUCCCAAGUCGGAUGGCGCAGCUUGGACGUCGACACGAUGGCUCCGGCGGCGGUAUCGACUAUGAUUGGAAGGCUGGCGCAUAACAUCCGACAUACAAAUCUCGUCUUGACCAGUCAGGAUGUGUCAAUCGAGAGGCUAGCUGGGUUGAGCACCGGCAGCGCACUUCAGAACAUGGAACUGUCUGUUUAUGCUGCUGCGUGGGCGACCACGCUCCUCGACCCAGGAGCAUUUGUCGACGUCACGUCUCACUUUGCACUCAGGUUCAACUCUUUGCGGUUUGACGAUGCUUGGCUGGUGCAGAAGAUCUACGUCACUCGUCCUCAACAACCUGUAAACCCAUUCGUGGCUGUUCCUAACCCAAAGUAUGUUCUCCAGGUAAUCAGGAGAGCCGACUCACGGCCACCUGUUCUCAUGGAGACACAGAAGGAUAUGGAGUACCAGAUGGGACAGGUCGUUCGUCACGUCAGGUAUGGGUUUGUGGCGGUGGUGAUCGAUUGCGAAAUACCGAGAUCAGAGUCAAUUCUCUACUACCGGCUACUGACGCCCCCGAACAUGCAGGGGACUUUUUCUCUUGUCAAAGCCUCGAGCCUCGAGCUGGUUCGAGACCCCGAGGAAGCAGCCGGCGCAAUGUUUACAGAUAUAGGGCUCUUCUUCAAGCGUUUUGAUAGAGGCACGUGCACAUUCGUCCCUUCUAGUAGAGAGAUGGUGCAUACCUCAUUAGAAUUUUAG